AUGAGCCACGAAGCCGCCGAUCACGUGUUUCGGGAGGCCGCGCUACAAUUCCGUGGCUCGCUUUCGCCCCAUGAAUCUGCCGAGUUCACCGAGUUCAGCUCGGCAGAGGAUAUGCUCAGAGAGCUUAAACCCCGAGUUGUGACAUAUCGAAAUAAGACCAAGAUGCUUGCUUCUAAUUUUUCGACGUUCUUUGAUAAGCUACUCGUGAUGUUGGAAACGAUUAGCAAUCGACUUCCCGGCUAUGCAGAAUACUACGAAAGGCUCAAUCGCCGCAAGGCACUCUGGUCCAAAGACACUGGAUUGAUACAGUCAAGUGAUGCUACCAUUCCAAAAUUCGAAAGCAAUCGAGUUGUGAGAGUGAUAUCUUACAUUUACAAAGACAUUAUACAGUUCUGCCAGGAAGCUUGUCAAGUUUUUGGAACUAAGAAGAGGGGUAUGCGCUACGAACUUUCUGCCAUUGCCAAUAUUUUCUGGAAGCCCUUUGAUGUCAGAUUUGGAAACAUCCUUGAACGAAUCGACACCCAUCAAGCACUGUUUCUUGGUGAGAUGCAGCUCGAAGAAUCAAAGUUUAGCGAGUUUCAGUACCAAAAAAGUCAACAAGACUCUGACAAGACGACUGAUGCCAUUUCACAAAUCCAAACGCAGAUCUCUCAACUCAAGCAGACGAUAUUGGGCCAGGAAGAUUUUCUCAGGGAUCGGUUUGAGCAUAUAUCGGAAGCUAUGGAAACCUUAAGAGCUGGAAAGAAUCAUGACGAUUCUUAUUCUGGACAGAGGCCAAGCGUAUUUGACACCACGUUUCGUCAUAUCACUAAAUGGGUUCGAGCAACGGACUUUUCGAGGGAGCUGCGAAAAGCUCAAGAAAUCAGGUUACAUGAGACUGGCAAAUGGUUCCUAGACUCUCCAUAUUACAAGAGCUUCAAAGCACCUGAGAUUGAGGGUUCGGCAGCGGAUUUUCGACCUCCAGACCAACAAUUGGUGUUCGUGAAAGCGAAACCUGGGUAUGGGAAGACCGUUCUGUCCUCUCUAAUUAUUGACGAUCUUGCAAAUACAUUUGGACAUAGCGACCAGAUCCUCGGCGGUUCAUUUACCACGCCACCAGUCCUCUAUUAUCAUUUCACGUCUGAGAAGCCGGAAGAAUGCAAUCCAAGCAGCGGUCUGCGAGCCUGUUUGCACCAGAUCAUCCAUCAGCACAGAAGGACUGCCGACGUACUUGACGCGAUAUCGAUCAUAGCGGGCAGUGACGGCUCAGGACUUACACGAGCCACCGAUGAAGAAGUCGCUCAAUGCCUCUUGCUUCUCCUUGCAAACAUAAAUCAGGUAUUUUUCGUUUUUGACGGUGUUGACGAGUGCACAGACCCAGCAGUAUUUUUCAAAGCCAUACGGGACCUUUGCAGUCAUACAGGAGCUAAAGCCCUUCUCCUUGGCCGACCUAACAUCGAGCCACCCCGCUCGGUCAAACCGUUAAUGGUAGUAAGCUUGGAGUCUUGGCAGAAUAGCACAGAUAUUCGAGCGUACUUGCAACCAGAGGUCGAUUGUCUGUUCCAAAAUGGGUUGUUCCCGAACAACUCUAACCUAGACGACAUUGUUACGACACUGUCAACACGCGCGCAAGGGAUGUUCCUGUGGGCCAAGCUAAUCAUCCGAUAUCUGUCGAAUACUUGGCUUUCACCCCGCGAGCGCAUCAACGCGAUUUUCAACGAUGCGAUAUUGGAUGAAUUGGACAACCUCUAUGGAGGAAUUCUGAGCGUACUUGAGCGUGCUGAUCCUACCCAAGUAAAUAAAGCACGCCGGGUUUUCCAGGCAAUGGUGGUUGCUAGAGCUCCUCUCACGUUGCAGGAAUUGCGACAUAUCGUUGCUAUAAAUCCAGGUCAGGUCACCCGAGAAGACGACUUCAUUGUCGAUUUUGAGCAAUGCCUACCGGUGAUGUGUGGCGCGCUCGUUGAGUACGCCUCCAACGAGAGUGUUAGCUUCAUCCAUUCUUCAUUCCGAGAUUAUCUACUUCUUGGAAGACAGUCUCGACACUCGAUCUUUGGGCUUACUAGACAGAGCUCUUGGUUGAUGUUGACUACAGUAUGUCUUUCGUAUCUGACCUACGAUAUACCAAGAGGUCCUAUAACCACGACUCCUUACACGGCAGAACAACGCGCUUUGGUGUCGAAAACCUUCCCUCUAUUACAAUUUGCAGUUGCUCAGAGCAAUCGAUAUGAUCGGGAUAUAUUCGACGUCGACAUGGGAUCAUCUGGUGACGAAGACGAUCGUAAGUUCGAGGGGUUACUUAGCGUAUUGACCCACUGGAUCGAGGAAAGGAGAGCCGUGACCGCAUGGAUUGAGGCCAGCUUUUCAUACUGGCAGCUUCCUUCGAUCCAACCAUUGAUCUCCAUGAUUGAGCUAUCACAGAAAAUGUAUAGCAGCAUUCGAUUACAGGUUAAUUCUGUAAUUUCAUCACUGUCUCAGCUGGAACAGGAUCUAGCUCAGCUUCGUGAUGAAUGGACGGGUGUUUUAUUGGAAGAACCCAGUGCAAUGUGGACUUCUACCGUCACAGCUUUCGCCAAGUCAUCAUACUGGACCCACCAAAAUGAUACGAGUAUCAAACCUUUGGGCAAUCAUUCUAGCACAUGUUCAGACAGCCAGCGGGGCAGUGGUGAAGAAUCACGCAUGAUCCUGAUAAAGUCGCAAACAUCAUCUGAUAGACUGUUCAACGCAAGUAUUUACGUAAAGCCUUCAAGGCAAUACAUCGACGCUGUAGAGGAGUCGCAGAGACCGAAACCAGAGAAUCCACUCCUUCACAAACAAUCUAGGACGGGUUUUGAAUCGCUAUGCAAUGAUUGGAAGGUCAACUAUCAGAUUAAGAACAUCAAGUCGGUAGUUGUUCCAUACACGAUUGAAGUGGAUCUACCAACAGAGGAUGUUCUCGAAAUACUCCGUGUUCCAAUGAAAUUGGGCAUAAAAUCGGACAAGCAAGACGCGGCUUCGUCUUGGAGGUUUACUUUCCCUGUCUCAAUUUCACCGGACUUAUCACAUGUCUUGGUACUUCGUACUCUGAUAACCCUGCAGCCAAUGGCGGAAACGGACAAAUCUGACUAUCUGGAGAUGAAAUCCUUUUCCUUGCAGAGGUUGAAACAGGAGGGUUCGCUCAAAUCCGAGUCCCUUUAUAGUAAUACGUUCUCGCCUACUCUUGACGCUAUUGGACUUCUAGAGAAGAGAGAGACAACGAAAGGGGCAAAGCCGGGGAAUAUGUAUUUCGUGGACAUCAGUCAGUGGGAAGCACGGAAUUUCCAGGUCAUGAAGCACAUAGCUUCUUGUUCCACCCGACUCGUCCGUGCCUUGCGUUUACGGGCUGGGGUCGUGCCGCGAUAUGGUGUUACAGAGAAGGUGCAGUGGUUGACUCAUAAUUUCGGGGCUGCGGGAGCGGCAGGCAACCGGAAGGCAUCUGACGGCGGCGAUCUGCCGUCUGUAGGCACCGAUGUGAUUUUUCUCGAGAACCUUCCAGACGAGCUUGAGCGGAAUAUUCAGAUGACUGAAUCCAACACUGUCCAAAGCCAAGUGAUCCCUUCCCAACAACGGAAGACACUGGUACAGAGGGGGGACCAGUUCAACAUUUUUCCAGUAACGCAGACAGGAAAGACUGGCCAGGUGGUUGCCAUCGAGUCUCUGGAUGGAAAACAAGCUCAAUUUGGACAUGUUCCAUCGUUGAGGAAUGGGGAGAGAACAUCCUUAACAAUGUUACCCUUUGGGGACACGAUUGCAAUCGUUUGGGACAAGAUAUCACAGCCGUCGUACAGCAUCACAGAUAGCCUAAGUCCACAUCUUCCCUGUGUGGUGGAGCGAACUCUACAGUCCAUGAAGAGACUGACUCCAAGCAGUUCAACUAUGGUCGAGUUGCUGACUGCUGAGAGUCAAAUCCGUGGGGAUUCUAGUUAUUCCUCAGGUACUAGACCGGAAGAUAUGGCAGCAACACAGGAAUCAUCGGGAUGGUUUGGCCAAUCGCCGCGCGGAAAUAAACGAGCCAGCUCAGAGCACGUACAUGGCGGAGAAGAGAAGAAAACAAGGGUCCAUUCAGAUUAA